CUCAUGGGUCGCAAAUGGACUAAACUGUCGACUAUCUGCCAUGUCAAGGAGUCUGUUGUACAAUCUACUGGUGAUCUCAGGACCUUACGCUCCAACCUUACAAAGUUGCGAGCGGAUUGCAUCGUUUAUGAGAGGGAGCAGCUUCAGGGUCAAAUUGCAGCCAAUGCCUCUGCACGUCAGCUUCUUGCUGAGGCAGCGCUUGAGGCAGGUACCACAAAUACAGACACUCACUAUUUCGGAGAUUUCGACAUGGAUAGCGACCGGGACAACAUGGAGGCAGAGGAUGAGCAUGAGGAGGAAGGAGAUGAGGAAGAAUCAGAAGGCAACCCAGUAGGUGGAUGUGAGGGUUCAGCGGUUGGCGCUGCGCAGGCAUGA